AAAAAAAGAAAAAGAAUCUCUCUCUCUCUGCGCAUUGCAUUGUCUUUUUUAAGGAGCUGCUCCCCUCUUGCCUUUGAUUUGCUUUCUCACAUGAAGCAAGCCAUGGCGAAGAGCGCUCAAGAUUUCUCCUCUAAGAGGCACUUCCACUGGACAAACAAGGUUGGAAACGAAGACGACGAACAAGUUCCAAGCUUCAAAUCCUCCUCAAAGACCCUCGAUGAAGAGAAAAAAGAAGAUGAUCAUAAGGGUGCUGAGCCCGAAGCACCACCUGUUACAGCUUCUGCAGCACACGUACCAAAGAGGAAACAACUGCAAGCUAUAGCCGUUUCCAGGCUCCGAUCGGUUUUGACUGCGUUUGGGAAGAACCGGUCGAACCUGCCGCUGGGUCUUGGUCCCCGAGUGGUAGGCACCCUCUUUGGAUAUCGACGCGGGCACGUACAUUUCGCAUUCCAAAGAGAUCCCACUUCUCAACCUGCCUUCCUGAUUGAGCUGGCUACGCCAAUUAGUGGCUUGGUUCGGGAAAUGGCAUCUGGGUUGGUUCGAAUCGCAUUGGAGUGUGAUAAAGAAAAAGAAAAAGAAAAAGAAGAAGAAAAGAAAGGUGUGAGACUACUUGAAGAGCCGGUGUGGAGGACUUAUUGCAAUGGAAAGAAGAGCGGAUUUGCAACGAGGAGAGAGUGUGGGCCUAAGGAGUGGAAGGUGUUGAAGGCCGUGGAGCCGAUUUCAAUGGGUGCGGGCGUUCUGCCUGGGAAUGAAGCUGAAGCUGGGUCCGAUGGAGAACUCAUGUACAUGAGGGCCAAGUUUGAGAGAAUUGUGGGGUCCAGGGAUUCUGAGGCUUUCUACAUGAUGAACCCUGAUAGCAAUGGAGCUCCUGAGCUCAGUAUCUAUUUGCUUAGAGUCUAAGAGCAUGCAGCAAUUUUCCUUUGCUUUGGGGGUUAUCACUUAUCAAAGAGUAGUAGCUAAUGAUACUUUUGUUUUAUUAGCUCUUCAAUCAUGAA